AUGGCAGUACGUGUUUUUGAUUUCGUGGUGUUUCUGUGUUGUGCUUCGUCCAUGAGUUGCUGUAAAAAUGGAUGGAUACAAUUUGAAAAUAAGUGUUACUUCUUCAGUCGACAAGCUGAAUCAUGGACUGAUGCAAUCUCCUUUUGUCGUGUGUUUGAUUCAAAAUUAGCCGAGCCAUUGACUGCAGAGGAAUCACAUUUUUUGAUAGGUCAUAGUCAGCAUGUUGGAGGACAAUUUUGGAUUGGCAUAUCAGACGUAAUCGUUGAAGACAGAUGGAUAUACACAACCGGUCAAAAACCAAUUACAGUUAAUCAUUUUCAAUCAGGACAACCAAAUGGACAUACUUCCCAAAACUGUGUGGCAUUGGACAGUUCUUACCAUGGAUAUUGGAAUGAUUUGAACUGUCUUACCAAUUAUCCUUUUAUUUGUGAGACAGAUGCUGAGUAA